AUGCAACUCCGUUCUCUAACCCGUAAAAAAGUAUUUAUUUUGAGUGGAAGGGGCAAAGGUGUGGAUUCCGAAAUUGUGAAAGGGCGAAGCAGUGGAAGGGGAAGGAGAGAAGCCAUAAUCGUUGGAAGUGAUAGGUUCCAUUUGUGGAGCAAAGCCGCACAAAAAGCCCGCACAGACACCUUGCGAUUGUUCAAUAACCAGCAUUUGGAAAUGGGAUCCAACGUGGAGCUGGUAUGGCCAGAGUCAGAGGCAUAUUCAUCACGAGUGAACAACUGCUCACAUGCAAAUUCAUCCCUAGUUGCAAUUCGAGUGAAGUUGAGUGCCGAACAAUUAGAAAAAUUCAAGACAUCAUGUUUUGGCCAUCUUCUGAAUAUAGAUAAGAUUCAAUUUAGUGGGCAGAUUGUGCAUGGGGUUGUGUUGCGUCGAGUAGUGAGGCAGGGUGUGAAAGACUUGGAUGAAUUGAGUUUCUUAAUAGGGUGCGACGUUGCUCAGUUCACUCGUCAGGAUUUUUUAUUUAUCACCGGGCUUCGUUUUGGGGAAGUGCCUGAAGUUUCCAGUGAAGAAAGUGAUGAAAUUAGACUUCAGAAAAUAUAUUUUAUAGACGAAGGAAUUACAUGUAAUGCUUUAGAAGAAGCAUUUCUGAGGUGCACAAAGGAAGAUGACAUCUACAAGCUAGCUCUUGUUUACUUUGCUGGUUUUGGGAAGGGACAAGUGAUCGCUUAG